GAGUUACUCGCGCAUGCGCCGUGGGCCUGUCAACUUGCGCCCUUAGUAAUAUCGCGACUGUCGUAGCGCGCACACGUUCAAACGACACGGGGUUGAGAGCCGAUCUUAUUGCCUCAACGGUUUAAUCGGAUGCGGUGAAUGAAAAAAUUACAGGCGCACUUUUUGGCGGGAGCUUUGAAUUUGAAUUAAGAAGUGUACGUUGGAUUUCGAAUGUUCGUUGUGUGAGUGAGCGAUGUGUUUGUGACGAGUGAAGUUUCAGGGGAAAGACGAACCAACUGUGCGCGGGCGCUUUGCGAAUGGAAGCGAGGCAACUAGUCGCUCGGGGUCGCGAGUGUCUUGUGUUUUUCCUUUCGUGUUGUGAUUUAGAUAGAAAAAUAAAUGUAUGCCGAGAUUAUCCAGAGAAUAUCCAUGACGUUACUGCUUCUGGUGGUGACGUCGUCGCCGUCCGCCACACUCAACACCAUUAUGGCGGGCAGUUCGCUCUCAUCGGUGCCGGGCACAGUGACGCGCGUGGCGGCGGUGGUCGGCGGCGACGCGCAGCUGCCGUGCGACGCGCGCCCGCCGCAACGCAACGACAGCUUACUGCUCGUCGUGUGGUACCGCGACGAUAACCCCGUCUACAGUUACGACACGCGGGUGCCGGGCCCGACCGCCCACUGGUCGGAGGAGGCGAUGUCGGAACGCGCGCGGUGGCUCGGAUCGCCUACCUCGGCGCUGCUGGUGCGUUCCGUGGAGGCCAGGGACCGCGCCAUCUACCGGUGCCGCGUCGACUUCCAGGUGUCACCGACGAGGAACUACAGGAUCGCGCUCGAUGUUAUUGAAUUGCCGAGCAAACCUGUGAUUUUUGAUGAAUUCGGCAAGGAGAUCGAUGGAGUCGCGGGCCCCUACAGUGAGGGAGGCAGCUUCAGGCUCACCUGCUCUGUCAACGGUGGCAACCCGACCCCGCGCGUGCAGUGGCUGCAAGGGGACGUGGUCCUGGCCACGCUGGGCGCCGGCGAGGCGCGCGACGGCCCGAGGUCGCUGACCCUGGAGGUGCACAACGCAACGCGUGCGCAGCUCUCGUCUGCCUACACCUGCACGGCGGAUAACACGCUGCUGGCGGCGCCGCAGCGGGCUAGUGUUAGAGUGGAGCUUUAUUUGCGUCCACUAUCCGUGGAGAUCCUGUCUCGCGAGCAGCCGCUGUCAGUAGGCCGCGUGGCCGAGGUGGGCUGCGUGACGUCAGGAGCGCGCCCGCCCGCCCUCAUCACCUGGCGGAUGGGCGGGCGGGUGCUCAGCAGUGAUAGCGAGCAGAGGCACUCAGAGAACGGAAACGAGACUCAAUCGGUCCUCCGCCUCACUCCUUUGAAGGAGUACAAUGGGCAAAUCCUCACUUGCAGAGCUGAGCAUCCAAAGCUAAACCACUCCGCCAUUGAAAGCAAACUACUGUUAAAUAUAUACUACGUGCCGGUUACCACGAUGCUGCUCGGAGCCAAGAUGAACCCCAAUGAUAUUGAGGAAGGCGAUGACGUCUACUUCGGGUGUGAGGUCGACGCCAACCCGCCCGCUUAUAAAGUGGUCUGGGAGCAUAAUGGCAUCCAACUGCAGCACAAUCCGUCAAACGGAGUGAUCCUGACAGGCAACAACAACCUGGCGUUACGAAACGUGUCGAGGCUGCAGGCAGGCAAAUAUACCUGCACAGCCUCCAACGUGGAGGGCGACGGGAAGUCGCCGCCUCUGUCCCUGCAGAUUGUCUACAGGCCACUAUGCCGCAAGCGCGAGGUGCGCCUCAUCGGUGCGGCGCUACAGGAGGCGGCCUCGGUGCUGUGCGAGGUGGACGCCUUCCCCGCGCCCGACACCUUCGAGUGGACGCUCAACAACUCCGCCGGGUCCAUCAAGGUUGAUCCUGAGCGGUUCACCACAGAAGGCAAGGAGGGUCGCUCCGUCCUAUCCUACACUCCGGUUUCGGACGCCGACUACGGGUCGUUGUCCUGUCGCGCGACCAACCUGGCGGGGCAGCAGAUCGCGCCGUGUAUCUACACGCUGCUGCCGGCGACCACGCCCGACCCGCCGACUAAUUGUACUGUGUAUAACCUCACGCAUGACUCGCUGGACCUCACGUGUGUUACUGGCUACGACGGCGGUCUCCACUGCAUCUACGUGGCCGAGGUCUGGGCCAACGAGGGCCUCGUCACCAACUCAACCAACUCAGCGGCGGUGUGGAGCCUCAGAAGACUGGGCGCCAAGAGACAGCUGACGAUCGUGGUGUACGCGUCCAAUGCGAGGGGACGGUCGGAGCAUAUCACGUUUACGGUGGAAACUGCGCCGCGGUUGUCACCGAGGACAGAAGCGCAAGAGGCGUGGGAGGUGAGCUGGGCGCUGGGCGGCGUGCUCGGCGCGGCGCUCACCGUCGCCGUGGUGCUGUGCCUCGCGCUCAUCACCACCAGGCUGCGGCAGCGGGCGAGGGACUACGAAGUGACGGUGCCAUCUUCCAAAAUCCAGAAGGCGUCGUUGCCGAAAAGGAAUUCCCCCCACCCCCCCGACGACAGGAACCCAGACCUCAUCCCUUUGAGUAAAGGUGUGGCGGAGUGUCCGCCCGAGCCGCCGCCCUACGCCGCCGUCGCCGCCUCGCCGGAGAAGAGCUCAAGUAGCGCGCACAGCUUGGCCCACCACUCGCACUCGCCUAGCACGCCGCUUUCGCCGCACUCGCAAUACCCAGACUCACAGAGUGAGUCGGGCAAGACGCACAACGGCACGCUGCGGUCGCAUCGCGAGGUGGUCACGACGCGGACGCCGCUGCUGGCGGGGCACCAGGAGAGCUGUGUAUAGAACCAUACUGGAACCGUACUGGACCCGUACUGGACCCGUACUGGAACCGUACUGGAGCCGUACUGGAACCUACUGUAAGUUAGUCUAAUUGAAGAGCUUCCUGCCGCAUCCGGUUAGAAAUUGGGUCUUUAUUAAUAUAAUUGAAGUAAUAUACCCUGAUUACACCUACCGAGGGAAGUGGCAGAGACAGUUUCCUCGGUCAAUUGCUAGUUCAUUGGUCGAGGAAGAUACUAUCUCGCACUCUACUCGGUAGGUGUAACAAGGGUAUAAGGAUGUUUUGGAUUUGUUUUGUAUAAAAUUAUCAAAGUUUCUAAUCGGAUACGAGGAUGGUUAAUGAAAGGCUGUUUUUUUAAAGAGUAUAUUGUCAGUCUUGCAUUUAAUACUAGUGUAAAUUUUCUUCUAUGACUCUUAAGCCAAUUUUACAAUGAUUUAUUAUAAUUACCAAAUUAAAGUUAUUUUCUAAAAUAGCUCCGAGUUUAUUGUCGUUAUCAUGUACAGAAAGAUAAUGUUAAUCGUAAAAUAAAAUGAUACUUAUACUUACUUGUAAAUAUAUUGAAUAAAGAUUUUAUUUUUGUUUUCUAAUAAGUAAUAGGUGAAUUUGAAACUGUUCUACGAUUAUAAUUUAAACUAAGAUAAUGUAAAGUAACGUAUAUUUUAAUAGAGAUAAUGUGAAACAAUAAAAAAUACUAACACAUUUGAACAGUUCAUAAAAGAAAAAAAUAUGCUCAUUAAUAAUGGAAUAUAUGAAUUUAUGUACUGCACAAAAUAUUGUUUCCGAAACAACAUGAAUGUUCGAUAGACAAGUAUGAUAUGCAGAGAUUUUUUAUUUACAUUGUGAUUCAAUAAAAUGUUAAAAUUUUAAA